AUGAGCACCUACAACCCUCCCACACUCCUGCAGCUGGCACUGGAGGGAGUGCUGAGGAAGGAGUCCAUAGACUUCUCUGAUCUGGAGUACCUGCCCAUUACGCUCUUUCCACCACUCUUCAAAGAGGCCUUCAGUGGUGGACGCGCAGAGAUAGUGAAGGCAAUGGUGGCAGCCUGCCAUAGUAGGAUGAGCUUUUAUGUGGCUUUCCUACAGAUACUAGAUAUGGAAGGGAUACAAGUCAAGAGCAACUGGAUGGAGGGAAGCAGGGCAUGUUUCCAGAUGCAGCUCAUGCAAAGAAGGAAGCUUCAAGUCCUGGACCUGAGAGAAGUGGACCAGGAUUUCUGGGAUGUAUGGGCUGGAAAAAAGGAUGGAGUCCACUCAGCAAAGAAAGGGAGAAAGAAGCAAGUUUCAAAGCACGUUCCUAAAUAUGCACUGAGGAGGCGUUUGAAGGUGGUCACUGACCUGGGCCUCUGCUUCUCUCUGAACGAACACCAAACAUGCCUUCUACAAUGGGCCAAGCAGAGAAAAGAGUCUUUGAGGCUAUGCUGUCUGAAGAUGAAGAUUUUUGCCUUCCCAGUGGAGAUUGUUAAAGAGAUCUUCACCAUUUUUCAGCCAAACUAUAUUGAGGAAUUGGAAAUAUACACAAAUCAGGUCCUAUCCUUUCUAGGUUGCUUUGCCCCUUGCUUUGGCCAGAUGAGAAGUCUUCUCAGAUUCCAUCUAUGUCAAAUGUACUUGAUCUCAGGUAAUGGUGUGAUUAGAUUUGCAGAGGUAAAAAAAUGCGCUGCCAAAUUCCUUUCUCAAUUCUCCAAACUCAAGUGUCUCCAGCAUCUCGCCAUGAAUGGUGACUACUUUUCCAGUGACCACUUGAAACAGUUGUUCAGAUGCCUGAAGACCCCCUUGGAGUCCUUGUCUGUGAAUCUCUGCCAACUCUCAAAGUCAGACUUGAAGCACAUGUCAGACUGUCAGAGGCUCUAUCAAUUGAAACACCUGCACUUCCGUGGUGUAGAGUUUUCCAAAUCGGGCUUCGAGAGUCUCCGAAUUCUCCUAGAGAAUGUAUCUGAAACUCUGAAGACCCUGAAGUUUGAGCACUGCAGGAUGAAGGACUCUCAGCUCAAAGUCGUCUUGCCUGCCCUGAGCCACUGCUCCCAGCUCACCAGGGUCAAUUUCUAUGGCAAUGACUUCUCCAGUCCUGUACUAAAGGACCUUCUACGAUGCAUGGCCAAUCUAAGCAAGUUGCAUGUAGAACAGUACCCGGCCUCUCUAGAGUGCUACGAUCACCGUCGUCAUGUUGUGGUAGAGCAAUUUGCCCAACUGUGUCCUGACCUCAUGGAUAUAGUUAUAGCCAAACGGCAGCCCAAGACAAUCAUCUUUGCUACAGAGAGCUGCCCUCGUUGUUUGAAGUGCUGCAUCUAUGACAGGAAGACCAGCCUUUGUCUUUGUUGGCAGUAA